AUGGCUUACGGUGUCACGCCAAUGCUGCAGUAUUUGUCAAAAUGGAUAAAGAUUGUGGGUUUCAGAGAGAAUCUCGGUAGUCAGAGCACCGAGAUGUUAGCACUCUGGGUUUUCUGUCGGCGGCUUAUCGGACUUAAAGGAAAGGAAACAAUGGGUAUACUGUCGGCACUAUCAACAGCGGUGCAUAUACGUGAAGAUGGUCUAGUCUUGUUCAUUACCGUCCUUGCUGGGUAUCCACUGGCGGCAGUUUAUCGGUCAGUAUUUUACAAUAAGUCGCCUAUUGUACAAUAUGCUUACUUUGUGGUUGCUGGUUUGGCACUUUAUCUGUUCAAUUAUGGUGCUGCAGUACUUCACAGCAUUGUAAGUAUUUUACUAGCAUAUUGGAUUGUGACAUAUUUUCCAGGCCAAAAAAUUUCCGUUUUGUUAGCUCAUCUUGCAUUUCUGGGGCAUUUAUUAAUUGGCUACAGUUAUUCGGAAACUGAUAAUUAUGAUAUUAACUGGACAACAUCGUUCUGUAUAAUGACUUUACGUUUCAUUGGUCUUGUUAUGGAUGUUUACGAUGGACACAAACCAGCGGGUAAAUUGGAAACAUAUCAGAUGCAAACAGCAAUAAAAAAGCCUCCCAAUCUUUUAGAAAUUGCAGCUUUUGGGUACUUUUUUUGUGGCACCUUUACUGGCCCACUUUACUCCCUUUCUCGCUUUCGGUCAUUUGUCGCUGGCGAUUAUCUUGACACCAAGAAAGAAGUACGUAUGUCAGGGUUUAUGCCGAGCUUGGGACGUUUUGUAGCGGCUUGUUUCUACAUUAUUAUGCAUCAUUGGGGGACCUUAUGGAUACCGAAUGAAUAUUUUAACUCCCCUCAGUUCUUUGCGCUCUCAUUUCGUUGGAAAGUAAUCUGGAUUGUAUUGUGGUUCCGACUUACUAUGUGUCGAUAUGUUUCUGUUUGGCUUUUUACUGAAGGAGCAGCAAUAUUGGCAGGUAUUGCAUAUAACGGAAAAGAUUCGAAAGGUAACGACCGUUGGGAUGGCGUACGUGAUGUCCAUAUAAUAAGAUGGGAAUUUGGUUUGGAUUUUCAAAGUGUUAUUGACAGUUUCAAUGUUGGCACAAACACUUUUGCUAAAAACCAUUUGUAUCGACGACUGCGGUGGUUGGGUAAUCAAACCUAUAGUCACUUAAUAACGCUUAUUUACCUCGCGAUUUGGCAUGGUUAUCAUCUUGGUUACUUCAUCCUUUUUUUCCUUGAAUUUGCAUGUGUUCUAGCACAAAAACAGUUUUAUUUACUGCUGAGUAAAUCACCGAAGCUAUCGUACUACUUAGCACAACCAUAUAUGCUACCAUUGAAAUUUAUUUCUGGACGCGUUGUGGUUAAUGUUUCGAUGGGUAUCGGCUUUUUAACAUUUGGUCUUAUCAAAACGCGGUACUGGAUAAGGCCACUUCUCUCUGUGUACUGUUUUACGCAUAUAUUUUUCAUAUUCAUAUGGCCAUUAUUUUAUCGUUAUUUACUUGGAGUAAGGUAUAAAAAGACAAUGAACGUUCGCAAUCAAUGAAAUGGAAGCAGGGAAACUGGUUGGUCACGUGCUUAAUAGUAGUUCGUAGCAAUGUUUGCUACAUUGUUUUAACUGUUAACACUGGUCUUAAUAUCUUUUUGUUUGUAAAAAUUUGAUUGAUGUAUUCGGAUCUUGCUAUGUUUUUUAAGUCAUCACCUUGCCUUACUUUCCAAAAGUUCAUUAAUUAAAUUCAAUUUUUCUGUAUGUAUUAGAAGAACAUUUCAAUUCGUGCGUUUAUUUUGUCGAAAACAAAAAUCCAUUUUGAAUGUGGAACUGUUGCUCUUUGAAGGUCUCGUAUUUCAGCUUCACUUAUUCAUAAGAAAAUUUCUGGAUGUUUUGUGGCAGAGAUUUCUAAGAAACAUUGUAGUUGUCACCAUUUCUUAUAUCGCUGUGAUUUUCCUUCUCCCUUCCCCUCCACUUUUUUUCCCCACCCACAUUUCAGCUAUUUCUUCCACUUUUCGAUUCCAAAAAGACGAGAAAAAUGGUGACUAGUUUUUGAUACUUCUUAACUAUAUCCUGCUUUAUGUUGUUAUUAGCGAUAUACAGGAAAUGCAGGAAAUUCUUAUCAAAAAAAAUAUUUAGGACAAGAGAGAAUUGUGUAGUUACAAGUUAAAAAAAAUUUAUUCACCCAAUGUUCUUCUAAUCGGGAUGUUGUCGCAGCUCUCAUUCAGUGAUCGGCAGCCCUGUCGCGAUUUUGUUAUCAAAUUUUCAGGGUCACGUCUUAAGCGUAAUUGGAAAAUGGGGGGAUCUCUUUUUAUGCACUCCAAUUUAGAUUUUUG